UAAUUAGAAAAGAAUUCAUCGUGUGGAAAGUCGCCGUUUGAAACCAAAACAUAAUGAGUGGUUCUAUGACAUCUACCCCCUAUGAAAGUCUAGACAGUAUUGAAGCACACCAUUCUGCUCAUACUGUGGAAGAAUUCGAGGCAGCUGCAGGCUGUGGACAUAGGGGAGAAGAAUGCAAUGAAGGUGCAGAAAAAAGUUUUAAAAAGAGGGAUGUUACUGAGUUACCAGCAGCCAGUGUUGAGAAGGACAAUGUGACUGUUUCACCGAAGACAAACUCUACUAAUGUAACUGUUCAACGGAAUACAAAUUCUCCUAAUGUAACUGUUCAACGGAAUACAAAUUCUCCUAAUGUAACUGUUCAACGGAAUACAAAUUCUAAUGUGAAUGUUCCGAGGAAUGAGAAUUCUCCUAAUGGACAAGAGGAAAGAGCAUUGUCAGGGAAUGCGCCAUUGAACAAAGCAGUUACUAAACACCCAGGAUAUGCAGAUGAACUAAAGAGGCGAGGGACGUUCCGAAACUGGCCAGCAAGGUUGCAACAGUCACCAGAAAUAAUGUCAGCUGCAGGAUUCUUUUUUUCAAUGAAUGGAGACAGUGUGAGGUGUUACGUGUGUGGGAUUGGAUUGAGGAAUUGGGACCAGGACGACAACCCCUGGGUAGAACAUGCGCGAUGGUCACCUAAAUGUGCUUAUGUCCUUGAAAAGAAAGGUCAAACUUUCAUCGAUCUUGUCCAGGAAGCUGUUCGCAAUGCUGAACUGCAACAAGCAUUGAAAGAAAACAAUGAGAGACAUGUCAUUGGAGGAUAUCAGGCCCAGGGGGCCAGUAACUCCAAGUCACAAGUAGAUAGUGACAAUCCAGAAAAUUUCAACGCUAAAUCAACACGUCCAGGAAGACCUGAUCAGUUUCCUACAGAUGCAGAGAGAAAAAACCCAUUGCUAUGUGAUGCUGCCCAGAGUGUGCUAAACAUGGGCUACUUACCACGAGUUGUUAAACAAUGCUUGGAUGAACUUCUGAAACUUGAAGGCUGGCAUGCAGUGAGUGGCAGGAAGCUAAUGAAGAUGAUAAUGGAAAAGGAGGAGGUUGGAGACUUAGAUCCAGAUCUGUCUGUAGUCCCUUCACAACGGCCACGUAAACGCUUGAAAGAAAAAAUCUCAGUGCCAAAAGCUCGUUUGGAACAGGAGAAUGCAACGCUGAAGGAAAGAACUACAUGUAAAAUCUGUCUCCAAAACCCUGUAGCCAUUGUGUUUUUGCCUUGUGGACAUCUCGUCAGCUGUGCACAGUGUGCUCCUGCUCUCAAAGUUUGUCCAAUCUGUCGUGGACCCAUGAAGGCCACCGUUAGGAUCUCAUUUGGUUGAAGCAAAUGCCUAAGCCUCCAGCAAUUUCAUGUGGUGAAAAGACUGUGAAUUAUGAUGGAAUAACAUGGAUGUUAUCAAGAGAUUCAUACGUAUGUUCAAGAGUGAUUUGUAAUGUAUAAAGUAAUAUAAAACCAAUUAUAUGUUAUAAACAGGA